AUGUCGUGCAGUUGCGUCCGGUCCGUGCCUGCCCUUGACUGGACUUCAGAGUGUUGCACGCCGCCGGUGCCAGGCACGUGGUCGUGCUGCGGCCUCGACAGCUACCACCACCUCGGCCUCGGCCUUCUUUGGGCUCUCUUUCUGAGUCUUAGCGUCACAGCCCACGUUCGGCACGACCUAUUGCAUGAUUUCCAUCGAUCGGCCCACGACCUCCACGACAUUCAAGCCCAAGCACUCGGCGUCGUUGUCGCGCGCCGUCAGCGCGUGUAUUUCGGACUCUGCGACGCGCGGCGAGGCCUGCAACUCGGUGCCAUGUGGCUGGAGCUACUCGGGUUUAGCGCCGGCCCACUGCAGUUGUUAUUGCCGAACGAGCAAUUGGGUGCAUUUUUCCGGUUGGGCCAGACCAACGGUACUCUCCAGCUCACGGCGUUUCUCACUGUCAUCGGUCUCCUUAUUCUCUGCGCGGUCGCGUCGUGGCGGCAGUAUGGGCGGCUCGAGAAGCUGUGUGCGCCGUUUGUGUUUGACUUGUGCUACAUGACAUUUAUGUACACAACGAUGAACGUGGUCGGCUGCACGGGCGGCAUCGACACCAUCGCGCUCGGGUCCCAUUUGACGACGUGUGCGAGUCCGUCCCGGUACUAUCUCGUGCUCGGUGUGGGUCUCCUCGUCUUUGCUAGUCUCUACUACGGUGCCCUCGUAUACAAGAAGCGGCUCACCACCGACGUGUACGCGGUGCGCUUCCGCUUCCAGGCGUCGUUUGAUACGCUCAUGGUCAUGACCCUCUGCGGACUGACGAUUUUGACAUUGGAGAAAAGUGUCUUGCUCGUCGACGCCAACGUCGUCGCGCUGUUCUUUGGGAGUCUCAACUUGAUGUUGUUCGGGUCGCUUUUGCGGUACAACUAUGUCUGUCAGCCCUGCCUUGGCGUGGGCUAUGUGCCCAACAACGUUCGCGCGCUCUCCUUUGCUACGUCAUGCUACACGACCGUACUGCUCUUGCUCGUGUCCGCCCAAGCCGAGGGUAGCAUCAACCGGCACAUUGCAGUCGUUGCCAUCGUCCUAUAUCCGCUCUAUGCACUCGGCAUCUGGCGCUGGAACGGCAAGCGCGCGGCGCGCUAUCAUGUGCCCAACCUCAGUGUGUUUGACGGACUCUCGCACGAGUCGGACCGUGUCCGUGCGAUCACGGCCGUCACGGUUACGCUCCAAGGGCGCGCGCUCGACAUCGAUACGGUACGGUCGCUGCUAUUUGCUCUGACCGCGAUUGUACGCCGGCCAACUACGCCCAAGACGUAUGCUCCCGUCUAUGCGUGCCAAGCGCUUUGGUUUCUCUGGCGACAUUACUUGGACAAGGUCAGCCUUGUCGAAGCGACGACCGGCCCCCUUGUCGCAUCUCGCCUCUGGGCGCUGUUGUUGACACGGUCCAGUGCACCGGACAGCAGCAUACGGGCACAGUCGUCGGGUCGCCGGCUGAGCACGAUUCGUCUGGGAGCGAUCGCAAGUGUCCCUAUUCUCAUCCAGUUGGUCGAGACAUCGGUCGUCGCCCGGCGCGCGCGACGCGCCAUCGAUCGCAUUUCGACACGGGACCCGCUCGUGAUGGCGUGCUUGGAGCGCACGGUAGCGUCGCUUUGCGCCUUGGCCACCAGUCCCUCUGUCGACAUUCGAUUCAUCGCGAGCAAGGUGCUCCAUGAAAUGUACGUGGCGGGCGUCGUUCGGCUCGGGGUCCGAACGUUCUUUCGUGUCGCGGUCGCGCUCACCGUGUCGCCGGCGCGGGCCAAGGCGUUUACUGCAGCAACGACACUGGCGGCCUUUGCGUCGCACCGUAGCGACAUAUGGGUGGCCCUCACGGCGACCGAAGACGCGGUGACGCUCAGCACGCUCGUGGACGCCCUCAUCUUGCACGAUGACGUCACGUUUCGCACCGAGUUGCUGCCACUCGUGGCACGUAUCGUACAUUCGCUGGCCAACAUGGGCACAAUGGCGCCGCGACCAUCCCAGUAUAUCACGCAGGCAGUGGCGAAAGGUUUGCUGCAGCUCCAAGCAGCCGCCGACGAGACGCUGUUGGCGCAACUCGACGAUGUUCUGGACGCACUGCUAUUGUGCUGGGAUGCACACAAGCCGGUGGCUCCCGCCCAACGUUUUACCCGCAUUAGACCCGAGACCAGCUUUGGCCGGACGAGUGACGCCUGGCGGCAUACACCGCUCGUCUCGCUUCCGCAGCGCCAGGCCCUGCAACGGCGACAAGACGCCCGCCGACGGAAUAGGGUCCAGCCCAGCGACGGGCGUCGACGGGACGUGUCGACUGCGUGGCGCGAUGCAGCACCGAGCCAAGCACGAGAUGCGACGGUGUGA